AUGGCACCGCCCCCAUCAUCGCAGCCCAACAGGGGGCCAUCCUCCCGGCCCCAGGGUAAAAAAUCACCCACCGCCAAGAAAAGCAUCUGGCUCAAACUCCUCACCAUCCUCGGCGUCCUCCUACCCGUGUACUACCUCCUCGAGGCAAACCUGCACCGGUUCUACGUCUUCGACGUCGACGAACUGCACGGGCUGACCAAGCGCGCCGUCGCCACCUACGGCAACGAUACCCGGGCCAUGGCCGACUUCAUUGUCCGCGAACUCGACGGCCAGGCGGGUCUGUCGACGUAUAUCAACCGGGAUGAGGAUUGGAUGUUUAAUAAUGCUGGAGGGGCUAUGGGGGCGAUGUAUAUUAUUCAUGCCAGCAUCACAGAAUACCUCAUCAUAUUCGGCUCCGCCAUCGGCACAGAAGGCCACUCAGGCCGGCACACCUCCGACGACUACUUUUACAUCCUCAGCGGCGUGGAGAUGGCGUAUGUCCCGGGCCAGUACGAGCCCGAGAUCUACCCGCCGGGCUCGGUGCAUCAUCUGCAUAGGGGCCAUGUGAAACAGUACCGGAUGCCGGAGAAGUGUUUUGCGUUGGAGUAUGCGCGCGGGUGGAUCCCGCCGAUGUUGUUUUUUGGGUUUGCGGAUUUCUUUACAAGUACGUUGGAUUUUCCGACGUUGGGGAAGACGGUGUGGAUUACGGGGAGGGAGAUGUUGGGGAACUUGGCCAGGGGGAAGUUUUAG